AUGAAUUUGAAUGAGCAGUCGAGCCAGAUACCGAUCCAGCUGGAUACGAAUGGCUUCGCAAUAACGUGUCUUGAUAUCUCAGUUUCAAAACAAUGCAUUGCAUUUGGUGACCAAACAGGAUUAAUCCAUCUUUUUUCGGAUCGAAUGGAACCAGUUUUCAACGAAAAUGCUUGGCCAACCGAAUUUCCUAACCCAAUCACUCUUCAUCCGGCAGUGAACAUCGAUGACACUGAGCCACCGUACGCCAUUUUCCCGUUGCCAUUUCCCGCUGAUGAUCAUUAUGCUUCUGACUGGCCUGAGCAGUUGUGCCUGCGACGGCAGUCCGAUCCAGUGCCGCAGAAAGUUAUGGAAUCGAUGCGAAUGGUGCAAUUUGUUGGCUAUGCGCAUAACCCUCGGGCUGAUACACUGCUGCGUGGCUUCAACGUGUGCCCCUAUACAACAUCAGCGCAAGACAAAUGCUUCAUGAACAUGGUGAAAGUGGAUCAAGCAGUACGCAUUCCAAAGUUCUAUUUGCACUGUGAAGGAUGGCCAGCCUCAAACGCUGAGGAAACCAACUACAAGCGAUAUAACCGCACGGAAUUUAACACGAUUGCAUGUUAUGAUGAGACGAACCCUGCUUGCAUGCUUUUAUUGGUGACUCUUACUUAUUUACUUGGUACUUAA